AUGGUAUUGUGUGAGUGCCCCCCAGGGCAUACAGGAAGUGCCUAUGAUGAAUGCCACAUUAUUCAUGAAAUACAACCAGGAUGCCAGUAUGAUGCAGACUGUCCGUUAUUCCAUGCCUGCGUUGACAAGCAGUGCCAAGACCCGUGUAAAAGUAAACCAUGUGCCGUUCAUGCUGUGUGCCGAGCAGUCAACCACCGCCCCAUCUGCUACUGCCCCUCACGUUACACGGGAGAUGGCUACAAAGCCUGCUCUCCACUCGAAUGUAAGAGCAAUGAUGAUUGUCUGGACAAAAGCGUUUGCCACAACCACAGGUGUGUUGAUGCUUGCACAAUAUCUCGUCCCUGUGGUGUUGAUGCCCAGUGCACCGCCUCGCACCACUCCACGCAUUGCAACUGUGACAUAGGAUACAGUGGAGAUCCAUAUAUCACUUGUUCUACUAUUGGCUGUAGAGACAACUCCUCCUGCCCAUCUACCCAUGCUUGUAUUAAUGGGGUAUGCAGUGACGUGUGCAAAACCACUAGCUUCUGCCACCCCAGCCAGAUCUGUGAAGCGAAAGACCACCUUGGAUCCUGCACCUGCGCGCACGGCUUUCACAGUACUGCAGGAGGAGUUUGUGAGGCUCGUCCCAGCGUCGAGUGUACCUCUGAUAAAGACUGUGGUUCACAAGAGGCUUGCCUUGAUGGCAGCUGUCAAGACUUAUGUAAAAAUGAGCCGUGUGGGAAUGGAGCAACAUGUACCAUUCAAGGAACGCGUCCUCUAGCCACCAUACUAUGCCAAUGUGGUCCAGGCAUGACAGGAGACCCCUUUACCCAAUGUGUCACGAUAUCCACCCCCACUCCUGGCUGUGGAUCUCAGUACGAUUGCUUAUGGGACCAAACAUGUGUAGAAGGUCGUUGUGUUGAUCCUUGUCGGGAGACUCCAUGUGCUCCAGGCGCCGCCUGCCGUGCUCUGGGACACCGAGGCGUCUGCUCUUGUCCUGCCGGCUACCAUGGUGAUCCACACACAUUGUGUACUCCAGUUGGUUGUACUCAGAGAAAUGACUGUCCUGUAAAGGAAGCUUGUGUAAAUGGUCGCUGUGUGAACCCUUGUGAGUCUCACAACCCUUGCAGCCCAGGGGCCAAGUGCCACCCUGAAGGAGAACAUCCGGUCUGCUCCUGUCCUGAAGGCCUCACAGGUGAUCCAUACAUUAAGUGCCAGCCUGUAGGAUGCUCCCAAGAUACGGACUGCCCCUCUCACCAAGUGUGUCAAAACCAACAGUGCCAGGACCCCUGCCAGCAGAUUCGGUGCAUAGCUAAUUCUGAAUGUCUUGUCAAAGAUCACCAGGCCAAGUGCCAGUGCCUUAAGGGUUAUGUGGGUGAUCCAGACCGGUACUGCAUAUUACCGCCCACACAAGAAUGUAACGAAGACCAAGACUGUCCGGCUCUACAAGGCUGCAUUGAUGAUCAGUGUCAAGACUUGUGCCAGGCAGUACACCCUUGUGGCACUGCUGCUCUAUGCAAGGUCUUGGAAAACCAGCCCAUGAGAGCUAUGUCUUGUAGCUGCCCUGAAGGUUACGAUGGAGACCCACACUAUACCUGCACACCUAGUAAGAUUGACAAAGAAGAAGGUUGUGCCAGCGAUGCAGAUUGUCCCUUGGUGUUGUCGUGUGACUCAGGAGUGUGCCGCAAACCCUGCCCUGCUGGGUGUGGCCUCGGUGCCAUCUGCUCAGUCCUCGACCACAGACCUGUGUGCCACUGCCAGCCUGGCUAUGCCGGCGACCCACAAGUGGGCUGCUUCAAGAUUGACUGUGAAACAGAUGAGGAGUGUCCCUCAUCUGAAGUGUGUGAGCACAACACCUGCCUGGACCCCUGCAGGAAGCACAACCCAUGCCCUCCAACCGCAGUGUGUGUCGGUGCCAACAAUCAAGCACAGUGUCAGUGUCCACCAGGCACUUCUGGAGACCCUCAAGUAUCUUGCCAGUUGGUGGAGUGUACAGGUGACCAGGAUUGCAAGAGCUUUGAAGCGUGUGUGAAUGGGGAAUGCAAGGAUCCGUGUGCCUACUACAACCCAUGUGCUAAAGACGCUGUGUGUCAAGUGAUUACUCACAAAUAUGAGUGCGAGUGCCUGCCCGGCCUCCAAGGAAACCCAAGAUUCAGAUGCGAGAAACCUAAGGAUCUCGGCACCUGUCUGGUAGAUCAAGACUGCCCACCUACACAAGGCUGCAUACUUCAGUCCUUAGUAACUCGCUACCACAGCCAAAUAUCGGCUGUGUAUAUACGGCUGGAUGACUCGGACUCUGCUGCCACUUGCCGUGACUUGUGUCAGGAACAUAAGCCAUGUGGACCCAAUGCCAUCUGCUCUGUCAUUGACUCUAAACCCCGUCGCUCCAUGAGCUGUGCUUGUCCACCUGGCUACCACGGCGAUGCGAAAAUUGAGUGUCGUGAAAUUCCAUUACAAGGAGGCUGCAUUCGCCAUACAGACUGUCUGAAUACCGAGGCAUGUGUUGAGGGGGUGUGUCGGGACCCCUGCAAUUGUGGCCUCAAUGCCCAGUGUCAUGUAUCCUUGCACCGACCCUACUGUACCUGUGCCCCUGGCCACACCGGUAACCCAGAUGUGGCCUGCUACACAGUUGGGUGUGUGAGCGAUAUUGACUGUCCAGGUGACAAGGCAUGUGUGGAGCAGCAGUGUGUAGACCCAUGUGGCCAAAGCUCACUCUGUGCACCUUCAGCUACCUGCUCAGUGGAACAACAUAAGGCAAAGUGUGCUUGUCCACUAGGAGAACAUGGUGACCCUAGCCAUCAAUGCCUGGCUCUAGGAUGCAGGAACAAUGACGAGUGUCCUCCCAGUCUUGCCUGCAUCAACGACCAGUGUCAUGACCCAUGCAAGGAUAAUGUGUGUGGAGUGGGUGCGACCUGCAAUGUUCACCAGCACACCCUUGAUUGUAACUGCCCAGAAGGAUAUAAGGGAGAUCCAAGAGUGGCUUGUCGACCACAGUCGCAUGCAUGUAUGGCCGACUACGACUGUGGCACAGGGCUGGUGUGUGUGCGUGGGGUUUGUACAGACCCCUGUAAGCAAGAGAAGCCAUGUGCACCCAACGCAGUGUGUAGUGUGCAGGACACGAGACCCAUCAAGUCUGUCACCUGCACCUGUCCUGCAGGUUUCACGGGUGAUGCAGAAGUCCAGUGCCGGAAAAGUUUAGUGAAGAAAAUGAAUAUAUUCUCAGUCUUAUUGAAAGCAAAGGGAUGCGUCACGUCUGACAGCUGCCCAGCAACACACACCUGUCAUAACGGUUACUGUGUCGACCCAUGCUACAUCAACAACCCGUGUGCCAUUAAUGCCGAGUGCUUCGCUGUCAAUCGUGAGCCCCGGUGUCGGUGUCUCUCUGGCCUAGAAGGUGACCCGCAUGUCAAGUGUCAGACUCUCAAGUGUGGGCUGAAUGAUGAUUGUCCACAAGACCGAACCUGUCGCAAUGGGCAAUGUGUAGAUCCCUGUGUGUACACCACAUGUGCUGACAGUGCCACUUGCACCCCUAUUGAGCACAGUGGAGUGUGCCAAUGUCCUCCAGGCUAUCGUGGUGACCCUGUGUUUAGAUGUGAGCUAGACGCAGAGCCCAUAUGUUCCAGCGACAAGGACUGUAGCACAGGUCUGGCUUGCAUCAAUGGCAAGUGCCAGCAGCUCUGUAGCUCUGAGGUGUGUGGGGACAAUGCAGAGUGCCGUGUGGUAGAGUCAACACCCUUCAAGGCAAUGGUGUGCAAGUGUUUGCCUGGACACCAGGGCGAUGCACACACACAAUGCAGACUCAUUCCAGAGAAGACAGGUUGUGUACGUGACACGGACUGCGCCACGGAGUUGGCAUGUGUGGAGGCCGUGUGCCGUGACCCUUGUGAUUGUGGGGUCAAUGCACUGUGUACUGUCGUCAAACACAGAGCAGUGUGCACCUGUGUCCCGGGUUACGAGGGCAACCCGCAGAUAGCUUGUUCUGCUAAGUGUCGUAGCAUUAAUCACGGAGUCGAGUGUCGGUGUCCAGUAGGCUUUGAAGGCAUACCAACACUUGCUUGUAGAGAAAAGACACAGCGUGACUGCCGCUCGGACUACGAUUGCGAGAAUGAGUAUGGAUGUAUGGAAGGGAAGUGCCAGAAACCAUGUCAAGUGCUAGAGCCAUGUUUGGACCCAACAGUGUGCACCUUGGUAGCUACUAGGCCCGUCAAGACCAUGACCUGCAGCUGCCCUGAACACAUGGUUACCUCUCGUCAGGGGCAGUGCAUAGACUUGGAGCUUCCAAUGAGUGUGGGCUGUCGUUCGGAUAACCAGUGCCCAGAGGAAACGGCCUGCCUCAACACCCUUUGUGUGACUCCUUGUUCCUGUGGUGAGCACACAGAGUGCUUUGUUCGUGACCAUCGACCCAUUUGUACCUGCCUUCCAGGAUACCAAGGCAACCCCAAUAUUGGAUGCUACAAGGCGGGAUGCAGCAAGGAUGAGGAGUGCCCACUGGACACAAUGUGUUCCAGUGGUGUGUGUAUAAACCCAUGUAUGGUGAAUGACCCGUGUGACAUCAGUGCCGAGUGUUACGCUGAGAACCAUCGCUCCAAUUGCCGGUGUGAAACUGGACUCGAGGGUGACCCCUACAUCAAAUGUCUGGUUAUUGGAUGCAGAAGUAACUCAGAAUGCCCAACAGACAAGGCCUGCGUUAAUCGUCAGUGUGUGGACCCUUGCUUAUAUGAUGACGUGUGCGCGCCCAGUGCGGAGUGCUAUGUCUUCCAGCAUGUCAUUGGCUGCAGGUGUCCAAGUAACAUGCCUUAUGGUGACCCACGCUUCAUGUGUGAGGAGAAAAAAGUUUUAGUGGAGCAUCCUAAACCUGAAUGCCUUGUGGACUCUGAUUGCCCCAGUAAACAUGCAUGUAUCAAUGAGCGUUGUGUGAAUCCCUGCCACAUUCUGCAUCCUUGUGACAAGACAGCCAUGUGUGAUGUGGUAGAUUCCAUCCCAGUAAGAACCAUGAUAUGUGUAUGUCCAGAGGGCUUCAUUAUGUCUGACAAAGGAACUUGUGAAUUAAUUGUCCUAGACAUAGCGACUGGAUGCCGUGCUGACUCUGACUGUCCAUCAGUGGAAGCUUGCAUCAACCGAAUAUGCCGUGCUCCUUGCGAAUGUGGUCGCAAUGCCCAUUGUGAAAUCAACAAUCACCGUGCAGUGUGCACCUGUGAAGUAGGAUUCCAGGGUAAUCCUAAUAUCGGAUGCUUCCCAGUUGGUUGCCAACACGACAGUGAAUGCGAUGACACCCAAGCAUGUUACGAUGGAGUUUGUGCUAACCCAUGUCUUGUUGACGACCCAUGCUCUGUUAAUGCCGAAUGCUAUGCUAAACAACACCAAGCCUAUUGUCGCUGUCCAUCUGGUCUUCAGGGUGAUGGUUAUACCGACUGCCUCACUAUUGGCUGCAGGGCCAACUCAGAUUGUCCAAGUGACCGUGCAUGUAUUAACACAAAAUGUUUAGAUCCUUGUGUAUAUGAUCCUUGUUCUCCCAAUUCUGAGUGUGUCAUCAUUGACCACAAUGCUAUGUGCCGGUGCCCACCUGGGACCACAGGCGACCCUAAUGUACAAUGUACACCAGCCAUACAACCUGUAUGUGUUACGGAUGGUGACUGCCCCAGUCAACACGCAUGUAUUGACGAGUUAUGCGUCAACCCAUGCAAGGAGUUAGAGCCAUGCCAUGAGACCGCAGAGUGUAAGGUUGUCGAUACUCUUCCGGUAAGGACAAUGCUUUGCAUUUGUCCUGAUGGUAAAGUAACUGAGGAAGAUGGAGAAUGUGAAUUAUUACCACCAAUUAAGCCAGGAUGCGCAGAAGACCCAGAGUGUCCUUCAGAAAAGGCUUGCUUCACUGGUGUCUGCAGGGAUCCAUGCCAAUGUGGUGCCAAUGCUGAUUGUGAAAUUGUUGAGCACCAUCCAGUGUGUACAUGCAAGCGGGGCUAUGAAGGUGAUCCAGAAAUUCGGUGUAUUGAAAUUGGAUGCUAUGGAAAUGACGACUGUCCGACUACACAUGCAUGUCGGAAUGGGCAGUGUGCACCAGUGUGUGGACCCAACAAUGAGCCUUGUGGCAGUGCAGCUGUCUGUCAGGGAGUUAAACACGAGGCUGUUUGCUACUGCCCGCCUGGCUCUCAAGGCAACCCACGUACACAGUGUAUUGCCAUUGGCUGUGUCUCCAAUGAUGCCUGCCCAGAUGACCGCAGCUGCAUCAACCAACGGUGUGAAAGUCCCUGCAGUCUUGAACCAUGCAAAGAACCAGCCACCUGCUAUACCCAGGACCAUACUUGGGAGUGUCCCUGCCCACCUGGCUUUAACCGCACCAUCGACAAUGGCUGCGAGAUGUUGGUGAUAGGGUGUAGGUCAGAUGUGGAGUGCCCAAGCAAGACUGUAUGCAUCAAUGGUAAGUGUAUUAACCCUUGUGACCUGGAUCCUUGCGGCGAAAACACAGAGUGUCGUGUGAUUGACACAGUGCCAGUCAGGACCAUCGCCUGCGAGUGUCUGCCAGGCUACCAGGGCGACGCUGCCGAAAAGUGUACCCCAACACCAGUCUGUCCAUUGGAGAAGGGCUUUAUCCUCCUUGACGACGACUGUGUAUGUCCCACCGACCGUGACUUCUAUGUUGAUGAAAAUGGAAACUGUGUGCACUGUCCAGUGGAGCUGGGUUACGUCCUCACAGAAGAUGGUGUGUGUAUGUGUGAUCCAAAGAAGGGCUACCACCCAACAGCACGUGGAACUUGUGAUUGUCCUCCACCAGCCGUCAAGGAUGAAAAUGGCUACUGUGUCGACUUCCCUUGUGCCAAGUAUGCCAACUGCAUCGAUGCCAACCACAAGGCCAUCUGUAACUGCUACUCUGGCUACUCUGGUGACGCUUACCAGAAAGAUGAUGGCUGCAAGCCAACCUUCGCCAGGACAGACUUCCCUCGGCCUGAUAUGUUGGUCAACUGCCUGGCCGAUGGUGUGCAAGUGGACAUCAACGUGGGUGAACCAGGCUUUAAUGGUGUCAUGUAUGUGAAGGGAUACUCCAAGAAUGAGGAAUGUCGUAAGGUUGUCAGGUCAGACAUUGAUGUUAAUACCAUCGACUUCAAGGUCAAGUUCAACACCUGUGGCCUCAUCCAUGAAAAUGGUCUGGCAAGGUUCAUCUUGGUGCUACAGAAACACCCCAAACUAGUGACAUACAAGGCCCAGGCAUACCAUGUAAAAUGCACCUACAACACCGGUGAAAAGACUAUCACCAUUGGCUUCAAUGUAUCCAUGUUGACAACAGCUGGCACCAUUGCCAACACCGGUCCACCCCCAACUUGCCUCAUGAAGAUCACUGACCCCAGUGGUGGUCCCAUAGACAAGGCAGAGAUUGGUGACCUCCUCAUGCUCAGAAUCCAAGUUGAACCUUCUAAUAUCUAUGGUGGGUUUGCACGCUCUUGCAUCGCCCUGACAGCCAACACAGACGGCAGUGACAAUGAACAUCUGGUGACAGAUGAGCAUGGGUGUGCAACUGAUCCAUCUAUAUUUGGUGAGUGGGAACAAGAUGAUGGGGAGGGCAAAGCACUUGUUGCCCUCUUCAGUGCAUUCAAGUUCCCUUCAUCGAACUCUAUAAGAUUCCAAUGCAACGUUCGUGUCUGCUUCGGUCGGUGCCACCCUGUCAACUGCAACGGGUACGAUGCAUUUGGAAAACGUCGACGUCGACAGGUAGAACAGGAUGCCGAGGUGUUGUAUCAACCCGAAUCUGUUUAUGAUGGUCAGCUGAGGGAGAUCCAGGUCAGCUCUCAAGCAAUACUCACAGUGGAGAGCCGAACAGAGAGAUUCACCGCACCAGAAGAUCCAGAUAACGUUGGGGUGGAAGAAGUAUGCGUGAGCAAAUGGGGUUUCAUAAUUGCACUCAUAAUCACUGCUCUGCUGGCUCUAGUAGCAGUAGCAGUGGCCGUGUCCUGCUGGCUCAUGGCAUAUCGGCGUCGCCCAAAGCACGGAGGACCUCUCCCUCACCCGCCAGAGUUUCCCAACCCACUAUUCACCACCCCUGAGCCUCUGGCUGAGCCUUCGCCAGACUAUCUCUCCUGA